AUGACGGUGGAACUCCCGAUCCCCGAUACACGCGUCCUGGCCGUCGCCAGUCAUGUUGUGUCCGGAAAUGUAGGAAACAAAAUCGCCGUCUUCACACUGCAGUCCCUUGGCUGCGAUGUCGCGGCUCUCAACACCGUCCAAUUCAGCAAUCACACAGGCUACAGACAAUGGAAGGGGACAAGGGUGUCCGCCCAGGAGAUCCGGGACCUCUUUGAGGGGCUCAAGCAGUCGUACCUAGACGACUUUGACAUGAUGCUCUCGGGCUACAUCCCCGGCGCCGAGGCCGUCGUGGCCGUCGGCGAUAUCGCAAAGGAGCUCAAGCGGAAGCAGGCCGCCGCGGGGACGCCGGGCGGCUUCUUCUGGGUCCUGGACCCCGUCAUGGGCGACAACGGUUCAAAAGUGGGAAGAAUGCAAAAGCGCUGA